UCCUGGCAGAGGCUUCUGCUCCAGACACUGCAGAGGAUGAAGCUGCUGGAGCUCAGCCCCCUGGUCUGGGGCACUGGUGGGAUCCUUAACCCCUGGGAUGCUGCAGCAGGCUGGGAAGCACAUGUCCCUGCAGUGAAGGCCGCCCCCACCCCUUGGCUCUGACCAUGUGAAGGUUUUGCUUUUCUGCUGUCUAAUAUUUUAUCAGCUACAAGGUCAGAGCAAAACUUCAGUCCUGGAAACAAAGGCCCCGGGCAGGUCCCUCAUCUCUGCAGAGGAGGAGAGAUCCCUCCCCUGGAUCCUCUCUCCACCCGCAACAUUGUAACUGAUCAGAAUGUGCAGAAGAGGAGAAUAGAGACCAAGUGAUCCCCGGAGCUGAUGAUCUCUGGAGUAUUCGUGUGUCUUCCUGAGUCUGACAAUACAGAAGAACAACUGUCCAAGGAGAUGUUAGACCUAUAUGAAGACCAAUAAACCCAGUAGACGACCUUCCUACAGAGCGGACCGUGGUCUCAGAGUCAGGAGGCAGCUGCGUAAGGCGUCUAUAGUGAAAUCUAUGGAUGCAGAUUGUUCUUCCUCAGGGGUUUAGUGGAGCCUAUGAAUCUUCUCCUGGUGGCUUUCAGGGCUGGUGCAAGGAUUUUUGUCAACCUAGUCAAAAGCUAAUUUUGCCGCCCCCUUGACUCCGCCCAUUGGCCUGCACUUUGACACGCCCCUUUCUUACUUCUGGGGGGACAGCCUGUAGCAAAUCUCCUCAUGCUUCUGGUUGAGUGAGUGGUUCAGAUGGUGGUUGUCUAACUUUCUUGUGCGGCCCAUCAAGAAGGCGCCAUCGGCGGCUGCCUAUUUUGCCUAUUGGCAUAGCCAGCCCUCGUUGCUUUACCUCUGGACUGAGCUCCUCUCCAGGAUCGGCUCUACAGGACGUCAUGUUGACCACAGUCAUGGAUAUAGUGAAAUCUAUGUAUCCGGAUUGUUCUUCCUCAGGAGUCUAGUGGAGCUUAUGACUCUUCUCCUGUGGCUUUACCUCUGGACUGAGCUCCUCACCAGGAUCGGCUUUACGGGACACCGAGGAGCUCUGACCAAAGGGAUAUUUUGCACUUACAUUAAUUAAGACGUUUAAUUGAAUUGCUCUGGAAAGCGUCAGCGCUCCCCCCCCCCCCCCCCCGCGCCUCCACCUCUUUGUUGUAUUGAACUCCUGCUCUUCAGUUUCGGCGACUGAAGUUAAGUGCACAUUAAAGCUUUAUUAUUAGACGCUAAUGGCAGGGAAAUCUGGAGGGUACGGAGAGAACCGUCACGUCUGAAGCCGAGGUGGAGCCACCUGGAGAUACCAAAGAUAAGACAACAGGUCUAAAACAACCGAAAAAACCUUGGCCCAUUAUGGUGAGGACGAUGGCCGAGGAGCUCUGUAGGACGUGCUAGGCCUUGUUUACCAUGGAGACCUUUAGACAGCUGAAGCCUCCGGAGCUGUGGUCAUGCUCCUCUACACCAAGCGCCAGGCGACGGCGACUGAAGUUCAAGAAAGGUCAGAGGUCACCGGAGUCGUGUUGCGGGAGUGAGACGGAAGGGAAAAAAGUCAGGGGGAAAACUCUGAAGCCUCCGGCCAUAGAGGUGACCCCGUCCAGCGAAGACGAAGCGUGGUCCAACUGUUCCACACCCAGCGCGUCACCAAAGAGACGGCGGGGCCUACUGAAGAAAUGGCUGAGCCGGAGAGAAGGAGGAUGCUCUGGCAGCAUCACCCCACGCAGCACGCCCAGCAACUCCCCCGCUACGCGGAAACGCCUGACCAGCAACGAAGCGGAGAACAUGGUGGAAAAAGGAUUGGAGAACUCGUUCGAGAGGACCCCCGGUGCACAGACCCCCACAUCGCCACCUCCAGGAGCAGUGCCCACCACCCUCCAGAGCAAUGCCCAGCUGCCUACCUCCCAGCCGGGGACUCCGCUCCCCCCACAGCUCAGCGGGCGCCCCUCUAUAUGGAACAGCAAGAAGAUCCAGAGCUUCUACAGUAUGUUGAGCCCCAAUUAUAAACAACGUAACGAAGAUUUCCGCAAGAUCUUUAAGAAAUUGCCGGAUUCGGAGAGACUCAUCGUGGAUUACUCCUGUGCGCUGCAGAAAGACAUCCUCCUUCAGGGACGACUCUACUUAUCGGAGAACUGGAUCUGUUUCCAUAGCAACAUAUUCCGCUGGGAAACCACCAUCACAAUUCAACUAAAAGACAUCCGGUGCAUAAAGAAGGAGAAGACGGCGAAAGUGAUUCCCAACGCCAUCCAAGUCUGCACUGAAACCGAGAAGCACUUCUUCACUUCCUUCGGAGCCAGGGAUCGCUCUUUUCUGCUGAUAUUCCGCCUCUGGCAAAACGCCCUGUUAGAUAAGGCGCUGUCCCCCCAGGAGCUGUGGCACACGGUCCACCAGUGCUACGGUACCGAGCUCGGCCUGACCAGCGAGGAUGAGGACUACGUCUCCCCCCGAGACCUGCUCAAUGGCCUGGGGGUGAGCGAGGACUACCCCGAGGGCCCGGAUCUGAGUGACGCGUCCACACGUAGUGACAACAAGCUGAGCACCAGCCCCAAGCUCCUGGGCACUGACUCCUUUGCCUCCCUUGGCAGCAAUGGUGAAGCUAUAAUUACGUCGGUAGAAGACAUGGUGGGGCAUUCGGACGUUCUCUCGGACUCUCAGAUGGAGGGGUCGUCCAGUCAGACGGUGACUCCUCUCUCGGAGAUGGCUGGAUCGGGGCUACUGGACUCUCUGCCCGCCCUGGACCUUCUUCCCGGAGAAGAUCUCCCUACAGACCUGAGCAACAACUCUACCCCGAGCUCCACACAGGAUGAGGAAGCCGUCGGCCUCUGUAAAGACGCACUGACCUCCGACCUCCCGGGCCGCCUGCACAUCAACGCCGUGUACCACAUCAGUGCGGAGUGCCUGCAGCGGGCUCUGACCUCCGACACCCGUUUUAUGAACGAAUUCAUGGAUCAGAGAAAGUUCACAGAUGUUGUGGUGAACCCCUGGGCGCCUGACAGCAGCAGUAAACAGUCCCGAGUGAUCAACUAUACCAUUCCCAUCAAUAACCCAUUGGGGCCAAAAUCAGCCCCUGCUGUGGAGACACAGACUCUGACUUACAAUCUGAAGGGGUCUUUCUGUAUCAUGGACACACAGGUGGUGACCCAGGGCAUCCCCUACCAGGAUUAUUUUUACACCGCUCACCGAUACUGCAUCACCAGCGUGACCAAGAAUAAAGCGCGUCUCAGGGUGUCCUCAGAGAUCGUGUACCGGAAGCAGCCAUGGAGUCUGGUACGAGGCAUCAUUGAGAAGAACUCCUGGAGCGGUAUGGAGGAGCACUUCAGACAGCUUGCGGAUGCAGUUAGCAAGUUAGAACAAUCCUGCACGGAGGAGCUGGGAGUCCGAGAAAAGCCGGCGUUACGGCGCCGGAAGCGGACGUUAAGCUGGAAGAACCAUCACGUGGACCCACUGAACCCUGUGAUCCCACCAUUGGACAAUGUGAGGGCGAACCGUCACUCCAGAACAUCAGGCAGUGUCUCCUCUCAGCUCUCCCACCUGUCAGACAGAGGAACAUCGCAGAACAUCCCCACGGCUCUCUUCAUCAUCAGUAUUGUGUUGCUGGUGCUGGUGGUCCUUAACAUGAUGCUCUUCUACCGCCUGUGGUCCCUGGAGCACACAGCGCGAACCUUCCAGACAUGGCAGAGUUAUGCUGUGUCCCAAGGGAGAUUUCCCCAGACAUCAGCGGAUUGGGCAGAAAUACUGGAGUUUCAGAAACGUUUCCACAACUCGGAGGUUCAGAAAUGGAAGCAAACGCUGCGGACCUCAGUACAACUGCUGGACGAGAUGAGAUCCUCCUUACAGAGACUACAACAAGGCGUUUUGGUGAACGAUGCCACCGCCGCCGCCGCCACCACCACACCGACGCAAGAAGAAGACGCGCUGUCAUGACCCGCAAUCUCCUCCCAUAACUCUUAUGGGACAUUUAUUCCUAGGAGGAGACCCUUCUCUGAGCAGAUCCCGGACGAGGUUUUGCUCUCGAAGACGAGUUUGGUGACCUGAGCGACCGCCGGCGCCGUAACGAACACCUCGCAUAAUGGAGGGCUGGAUGUGAUUUCCCUUCACCAAUAAGUCAUGGGGAUUGGAGUCUACUUGACGAUGAGAUGUACAAUAAGCUGCCGUAUGGGGAGAGCGGUUACUCCCUAGAGGAGAGUACAUCCAUUUCUCACCAUUAUUUAAAGACACGGAGUAUCAAAGGGAACUUUUUGUUUUUGUCUGAGAAAUUCUAUAAAGUUUUUUUUUUUGUUUUUUUUGGGGGGGAGGAGGGAUCCGAACAGGAACUUUGUCAUUUUUUGGCUGAAAUUCCCACCAUCUUUUGAAGUAAAGACUCACGGCGAUGACAUUGUUUAGAAGCAAAACCUUUUGAUAUAAAAACCGCAUGAACAAUACGGAGGGCCGCGAUCGCUGUGGGGCAGGUUUCCCUUGACACAGAUUUGGCAUUCCAUUGGACCUACGUGACUACCUUUUGUUUUUUUUCCACAGUACGACACUCAAAGGACACUUUUUUUCAUUGAGGUCUUUCGGGAUUGUUCAUAAAUCGGGGUGUAUGAUACACCGUCACCUGGCGUCACGCCGUAGGCUUUAGCAUUAUGUUCCGAGAUUUUAUUUUUAAUUUUUUUUUUUAUUCUAGAGUAGAUUAUUACAGUCUGGGGCCAGGGGUCAUCUCAGUAACUCCACAUCCGCACUGUGAUUCUAAAUAUUGACAGUCAACACAUUCCCGCUAAUGGAUGAAAAGACCCCUCCCCCACCUUCAACAGAAUGUAGAGUUUUAUCGAGGUAUUAUGUGCAGAAUGCACAAAGUUAAAGGGGUACUUCGCUGCCCUAGCGUUCGGAACAUUUUGUUCUGAAUGCUUGGAGCGGGUGGGGGGGGUUGUGAGGUCAGGGCCACACCCCUUGUGAUGUG